CAUUCUUCACACAUUACACGCUCAAGUGCAUCAACACAUCUCAUCCUCUUUUCUACACAGCCUCUGUUCUGUUCUUUGCUCUAUCCAUACAUAUCAGCACAAUAGGGCUGCUGGGAAGCUCAUGGUGAACAGCACUAUUCUGAUUCCUAUUAAAAGUUCAUUUCUAAUUCAUGCAGGGGCAGCAAUACAAACACUGCAGCAGCCCCUCUACGAAGGCUGGUCUCCUCCUCUCCUUCCACAUGUUCUGAUUGACCUUCUGCAGAACUCUGGAUACAUUGCAAAGAAAGGAUAUUACUAGUAUUCUGCCAAGAUGUCAUAAAGGGAUCCCCUCAUAGAUCUUUCCAAAGGGCCACCAUAUUGUUUAUGCCAAAAUGUCAGGCCUUGGUCCUUCAGUUUCUUUACCAGAAGACACAGGGAAUGGAACUUUUUUGGACCUGUUCCCUACCUCAAUUUCAACGUCAGUGGAUUCCUCAUCAUCUGCACCCAACCGUUUAUCAAACGUUUAUGUCUAUGUCUCCAUAUUUCUCAGCCUCUUGGCUUUCCUUCUCCUGCUGCUCAUCAUUGCUCUUCAGAGACUUAAGAAUAUCAUCUCCUCUACAUCAUCUUACCCAGAAUAUACAAGUGAUGCGGGGAGCUCCUUUACUAAUUUAGAAGUCUGUAGCAUAUCUUCACAGAGGUCUUCUUUUUCUAACCUUUCUUCUUAGGGAGAAGUAAAAGGGAAUUACUAAAGACAGAAACCUGGAAAUACUGUAUUGCAUGUGACUCACACCUUCGAAACUGAGAAGACAUCCCCGAUUCUGUUUGAUAUCAUGCUGCUUUUUAACUCAAUUUUGCUUUUGUCGUUUAUCUGUUUCAUCUGCUUUGUGCCCAAUUUCAACCUUGAAUGUUUCUCUUGUUAAAUAAACUCAUAAAGCAAA